AUGACGUCUACCACGGGCUCAAGACUCGCCGGCAAGGUCGCCGUCGUCACCGGCGGAGGCCACGGCUUCGGCGAGGCGAUCGCGCGAAGAUUCGCCCUCGAGGGCGCCAAGGUGCUCAUCUCGGACAUCAACGAGGCGGACGGGCAGAGGGUGGCGAGCGACGCGCCGGACGCCAUCUCCUUCUUCAAGGCGAACGUCACGGACGCCGGGGACUGGGAGAAGCUGCUGGACGCGGCGCAGUCAAAGUACGGGAGGAUCGACAUCCUCGUCAACAACGCCGGCACGACUUACAAGAACAAGCCGACGGUCGAGGUGACGGAGGCCGAGUUCGAUCGCGUCUUCGCCGUGAACGUCAAGAGCAUCUACCUCGGCACCAACGCGCUGAUGCCGCGCCUCAUCAAGCAGGGCGAAGGGGGUGUCAUGCUGAAUAUCUCGUCGAUCGGGUCUGUGAGGCCCAGGCCCGGGCUUGUGUGGUAUAAUGCGUCCAAGGGCGCCGUGUCCAACGCUACCAAGGGACUGGCGGCCGAGUACGGCCCUCACCAGAUCCGAGUCUGCUCUGUCUGCCCUCUACUCAGCGGCACCGGACUAUUCGAAUACUUCGCAGGCGUGCCGGACACCCCCGAGAACAGGAACAAGUUCAUCGACAACGUACCACUCAAGCGGCUCUGCGAGUCGGAAGACGUCGCCAACACCUGCCUCUUCCUGGCUUCCGACGAAGGCAAAUUCAUCACCGGCAUCAACAUGGAGGUCGACGGGGGCAGAGCCAUCUGA